AUGCCACCCAAAAAGAAGGUGGAGAGGAAGGAGGAGCAGGUUUUCGUUGAAGAAAAUGGGAGUUACGUACAUCAGCGGGAAAUGGCACGCUACACGGGUGGUGUGCGACGACUUACCGACAGUAAUUUCUGUUGCCGCCACGGACAAGGAACGUACAGUAGUCCUCUUAUUCACUACGAAGGUAACUGGUCUGAAGAUGAAAUGCAUGGCAAUGGUACACUCCGAUUUCUUGUCAGUGGUGACUCCUACACGGGGCAGUUUGUGCACGGCGUGAUGGAAGGCUGCGGGACAUACAUAUGGGCCUCCGGUGCAAUGUACGAUGGUGGUUGGCGUGGUAACCGUAUGCAUGGACUUGGGACAUAUACUGAUGUUGGAGGGAAAGUAUGGAGUGGGAAAUUUUAUAACGGCAGCGGCCCGGGGCUCACCCCAUGCGUAACAACAGGUGGUGGUGUUGCCGCUGCUGACAAGAGAGAUGUACUGAAGGAUGAAAAAGAGGGUUAG